AUGUGUACGCCGCCUACGCCUAGCACUCCCGAAGCGUCCGUCGCGGGACGGACGCGUCUCGGUCUCGAGCGAUUUCAUCCAAAACCCUUCGGGCGGUGCGGAGUAGUGUUCGUUAGUAGUGUUCCGUCGCUCCGGACGGCUGCGUCAUGUCGCGAUGUCGCCUCCCUUUGCCAUGCGGGUCGUACACUCGUGCCUGUCGCGGCGCGUCACGCGGUGCGGCGCGCGGCGCUGGCGCUCAGAAGAGCAUGUGGCAGCGCAGGUUGGAGUUGGCUAUUCCGUGGUGUGCGCGGUGAGGUCGGCCCGCGCCGCCGCGCUGCCCUGCGCGGCCGGCGGGUCGCUGGCGGGGAGGGACAGUAG